CGGGCGGCGUAGCGCGUUUUUGCAAGCGGGGAAAGGGGGUGGGGGGGAGGCGAGAGCCAUAACCUGUACGCGUGCACCUGUGUCGUUUCGAUUUUCAAAAUGGCGUGCCGAGUGUGAGAGGCAGGGCGAGGACUCGCCGCGCCUCGUCGUCGUCGUCGCCGUCGCGACAUCCGGUGUUACCCUGUCGUCGGGUCGCGAGAGCACGUGCGUACAUACGGUGCCGCCUCGUGCGCGAAGUUGCCCCCCUCGUGAGAGAGACGUUAUGCCAUCGCACGCGCGCAGGACGUAGGGAAAGUCUUUUCUUCCACGUUUCUUUUCCUUUUCUUCUUAUUUUUUUUCCUCUACCCUUCUGUUACUUUUCGUUCCUUGAUGGAGAUCCCGAUGGAGAUCUCGAUGGAAAUCUUCCUGACGGCGUUCUCCGUGAUAUUCAGUCUAUUAAUAGUGUUCCUCCUUGUUGUGAUAGGUUGGUACUUAGUCUGGACGUUCUUCCUAUCACGAUUCCGCUUCGUCAGAGAAUUAACUGGGAAUGGAAUGAGCGAAUCGUCGUCGGUUAACGAUUUGAAGAACGGUCGCGCACGCAUAAAGAAACUUCGCCGUGAUUAAAUAUAAUAUAUUGGAGCUCUGAUAACCAUAAUAACGAACGAAAUAAUUGUAUAAAGCAAAAUUGAAUCUUGGAUAUCACACGAUAGAAUAUAUCCGAUCAAAAUGUCUGUAAACAUACGCUGUGCGACUACGGAAGACCUGCUGAAUAUACAGCAUUGCAAUCUGCAGUGCUUACCUGAGAAUUACCAAAUGAAAUAUUAUCUGUACCACGCUCUCUCGUGGCCGCAGCUGAGUUACGUAGCAGAGGACGAGAAAGGAAGGAUAGUGGGAUACGUGCUCGCCAAAAUGGAGGAGGACUGCGAGGACAAUCCCCACGGACAUAUUACCAGUCUGGCUGUAAAGCGCUCGCACAGAAGGCUGGGCAUCGCGCAAAAGUUGAUGAAUCAGGCCUCUCGGGCGAUGGUGGAGUGCUUCGGAGCGAAAUACGUUUCACUGCAUGUGCGUAGAAGUAAUCGUGCGGCUCUCAAUUUGUACACGAGCAGCUUGCAGUUCGAGGUGUCGGAGGUAGAACCAAAAUAUUAUGCGGAUGGCGAAGAUGCUUAUGCUAUGAAGCGUGAUCUUACCAGCUUCCAUCACGAGAAGGCUCUUAGAGACAGAGCGCACAAGGAGGGCAAUGUUCACACACAUUUAGGUAGAUGCUGCGGCGAUCACUCUUAGUCCAUUCAUCACCGCUGCUGACGAGACAGGAUUGGAUUCUUAAUUCACUCGUUCGAUGAUGCAAAUCUGAGAAUAAACCCGCUGCAUGUCUUUUUGCCAAGAAAUGACGAGAUGACGUCCGAGACUACGUGUCUGGGGGAUUAAUUAAAACUGAUUAUGAAUACUUUGUUAUUUCUUGCAUGGGGCAAGAGCUUCUACUUAUCAAAGUUUGACCUGGUACACUAGUAAAAAUAUUUUAUAUGUGACUGGAGGAUACUUGUUAAAGUUUGCACGAUACGGAGUAAGAUUGAACUUUGGGACUGUUGUAUUUUUCAGUUCACACAAUGCGCAACGUAAUUAAAACUUAUAAAUUGACUUAUAAAUAUGUAAGAAAUAAAGGAUUCUUGAAAAGGGCAAUCUAUUCGAUCUUGACUUUUUUUUCAUCAUAACUUUAUUGAAUGACUGCAACUGUAAUUCAUGUGUAACGCGCCAGUAUGCAAUAUUAAAUUGUUCAGGGCGUUGUCAAGCGUGUUGUUAAAAAGUAUGGUAGAAAAAAAUAAUGUUUUACAGCACUGAAAUGGGCUCAAUUUAUACAGUUCAUACUUACACUUUAAAGUCGGAUCUACGAAUAUUUGUCUCGAUAGAUAUUUUCUUUGUCUUUUUCAAUGUAUUUUGGCUUAAAAAUUAUUUUUGACAUUGCACGAUAUUCAAAUAAGUUUACUCCACUAAUGCAUCUCGGAUGUACUCUAUUAUGUUUGUGUAUACAUACUCCAUUUCUGUAAUAGGAAUAAUUAUAUUAUGUAUAUAUAUAUAAUAUGUAUAAAUAUAUCUAUGUACAAAUAA